AUGGCCCCGCGUACGGCACUGCUCAUUGCCACCGCCGCCAUGGCCGUCAUCGCCGCCGCCGCAUUGCUCCCGGCGACCGCGUCGGCGACGACGUACAUGGUCGGGGACGAGUCCGGCUGGGACGUCGGGCCGGACUACGACGCCUGGGCCAGCGGCAAGAAGUUCAAGGUCGGCGACACGCUCGAGUUCCUGUACUCGGAGGGCUCCCACAACGUGGUGGUGGUGGACGCGCAGAGCUACGAGGCGUGCGCCGUGCCGAGCAACGCGCCGACGCUGACCUCCGGGGACGACAGCGUGGAGCUGGGGCAGGCCGGGCGGUGGCUCUUCAUCUGCGGCGUCGAGGGCCACUGCGACGCCGGCAUGAAGCUCGCCGUCGACGUCCACGGAUGA